ACCAAGGCCAUGCCUCGCUUCUCCUCCAGCACGCCAAUGUCGCCACCCCGCCUCCGCCUCCGACUCGGCGGACGCCACUCCUCCUCCACCUCUCAUCCCUCACGCAUCUGGGAUCCCCACGCCGCCUUCGCCACCGGCACGGAGCGGGCGGUAUUUGGCACGCUCACUACGGAGGACGCACACCACCUGUUCGACGAAUUGCUGCGGCAUGGCAAUCCUGUCCAGGAGCGCUCCUUGAAUAACUUUCUAGCUACCCUCGCCCGCGCGCCCACGUCCGCAUCCUGCAGCGACGGCCCCGCCCUAGCCGUCGCCCUCUUCGGCCGUUUGUCCCGAGGCGCCGGACGACGGGUGGCGCAGCCAAAUGUCUUCACCUAUGGCGUCCUCAUGGACUGCUGCUGCCGUGCGCGCCGCCUGGAUCUGGUGAUCGCCUUCUUCGGCCGUCUCCUCAAGACGGGCCUGGAGGCAGACCGAGUCGUUUUCAGCACCCUCCUCAAGGGACUCUGCCAUGCAAAGCGCUCAGAUGAGGCUCUGGACGUGCUGCUUCACAGGAUGCCUGGGCUGGGCUGCACCCCCGGCGUAGUGGCGUAUAACACCGUCAUCCAUGGCUUCUUUAAGGAAGGUCAAGUAGGCAAGGCAUGCAAUCUAUUUCAUGAAAUGGCGCAGCAGGGCGUUAUGCCUGAUGUGGUGACAUAUAGCUCGGUUAUUGAUGCGCUGUGCAAGGCCAGAGCAAUGGACAAGGCAGAGUAUUUCCUUCGUCAGAUGGUUGAUGAUGGUGUCGUACCUAAUAAUGUCACAUAUAAUAGCCUCAUCCAUGGAUAUUCCUCUUCAGGCCAUUGGAAGGAGGCAGUUAGGGUAUUCAAAGAGAUGACAAGUCGGAGGGUUACACCAGAUGUGCAUACUUACAACAUGUUUAUGACCUUUCUUUGCAAACAUGGAAGAAGCAAAGAAGCUGCAGGAAUUUUUGAGACCAUGGCUAUGAAGGGCCUGAAACCUAACAACGUUUCAUAUGCUAUUCCCCUUCAUGGGUAUGCCACUGAAGGAUGCUUAGUUGAUAUGAUUAAUCUCUUCAAUUCAAUGACUAGAGAUGGUAUUCGGCCUAACUGUCACACUUUGAACAUACUGAUUAAUGCAUAUGCUAAAUCUGGCAUGAUGGAUGAGGCUAUGCUUAUCUUUAAAGGAAUGCGGAAACAGGGAGUGAGUCCAGAUGUAGUCACCUAUUCAACUGUAAUACAUGCAUUUUGCAAAAUGGGUAGCUUGGACAUUGCUAUGGACAAAUUUAACCAGAUGGUUGAUAUGGGAGUACGACCGAAUGCAGUUGUUUAUCAUUCCCUAAUCCAGAGUUUUUGUACACAUGGGGAUUUCGUGAAAGCAAAGGAAUUGGUUACUGAAAUGAGGAACAAAGGUAUGCGUCCUCCUGAUAUUAACUUCUUCCAUUCAAUAAUGCAGAACCUAUGCACAGAAGGAAGGGUAACAGAAGCACGGGAUAUCCUUGACUUGAUAGUGCACAUAGGUAUGAGGCCUGAUGUUCUCAUAUUUAGUUUACUGAUCGAUGGAUACUGCCUAGUCUCCAAGAUGGAGGAUGCAUCAAAAAUAUUUGAUGAUAUGGUGUCAUAUGGUUUGGAACCUUCUAAUAUUACGUAGGGUAUUCUUAUUAAUGGCUAUUGCAAAAACAGAAGGAUUGAUGACGGGCUGAUUCUGUUUAAAGAAAUGUUGCGCAAGGGACUUAAACCUACAACUUUUAAUUACAACGUCAUACUGGAUGGAUUAUUUCUGGCUGGACGAACUGUUGCUGCAAAGGAAAAGUUUGAUGAGAUGGUUGAAUCUGGAGUAAGUGUGUGCAUUGAUACAUAUUCGAUAGUUCUUGGUGGACUUUGUAGAAAUAAUUGUAGCGGCGAAGCAAUCACGCUAUUCCAGAAAUUAAGCACAAUGGAUGUGAAAUUCAAUAUUAUAAUUGUCAAUAUAAUGAUUGAUGCCUUCUACAGGGUUCACCGAAACCAAGAAGCCAAGGAUUUGUUUGCUGCAGUAUCAGCCAAUGGUUUGGUAGCUAAUGUCUUUACCUACACCAUAAUGAUGAAAAAUCUUAUAAAAGAAGGGUCAGUGGAAGAAGCUGACGAUCUCUUUUUAUCAAUGGAGAAGAGCGGCUGUACUGCUGACUCUUAUAUGUUAAAUCUUAUUGUCAGAAUGUUACUGGAAAAAGGAGAGCUAGUCAAGGCUGGGAAUUAUAUGUCUAAAGUUGAUGCAAAGAGCUACUCACUUGAAGCUGAAACCGUUUCGCUGCUUAUCUCUCUCUUUUGAGGGAAAGGGAAAUAUAGAGAACACAUAGGAUUGCUCCCUACAAAGUAUCGGUUUCGUGAAGAAGCAGCCACAGUUUAGUUUGAUACAUGGUAAACUUUAGUUUGUUGCUUGCCUAGGCCUGCUAAAGUAUCCUUCUGCUUGUACAACAAAUGCAUUUACUAUAUGUAAGAAGAAAUUCACUAUAGAAGAAGCUCAGAACAAACAAAGCUGAAUCCAAACUUAAACAGAAGAUGUGCAGUAUGCUAGCCAAACACCUAAGACAGACCUAGGCCUGCCAAAACAAAGCUGAAUCCAAACUUAAACAGAAGAAGCAGCAACAAACUGAAGAUGUGCAGUAUGCUAGCCAAACACCUAUGGGAGAGUGACAGGUGGCCGAGCCGUUCACCUCCUGCCAGUAUCCAUGGCUUGGCCUCACAUGGAAACGAGUCAACCAGUCCCUGGCGGUUUCAGGUGGCUCCACUGAAGAUGCAUUCAUUUCUCUGCCAGUGUGCCCCUUGUCAGCGCCUGUGUGCCCUUGUGUCUGUUUCAAGAAGGUAUUUGAAGAAGCUGAGCAGGAACCGGAGUUUGACCGGCUUGAGAUCUACGCUGCCAAAGCCAGAUUGAGUCUGAUGGAUUUUGGUGAGCUCGCCAUGGUUUUCUCCUCUGUUCCUUCUUGAAGAGCCGAUGGUGUAACAUUUUGGUACUACAGAACAGUGUUUUGCUUCUUCCCAUAGAACUGCCGGUUCCGAUUAUCUUUUUAUAUUCAUUGUCUAGUUUAUUUUCUGUUACAUGAGCUCAAGUUCAGCAUGUUCUUUCAUCUUCUUCCUCAUAAUUUUUCAUUACUCACUAUGCAGUGAAGGUCUUGUACUAAUUUCUGAAGCAGAACCAUUCUUUGAGAAAUACUCCACAAAAAUGUUUGUCUUGGACCUGAAUCAUAUUUGCUCUGAACAAACAGACUGACUGAUACAGUUAUCUACAUAUGGCAAUUUAAAAUUAGUGUAAAAUGCUUGCAACAAUCGGACGCAUUAAAAGAUCUCCAA